UGUUUGCUAGUUAGCAGUUGGUUAGCACGUUAGCCGGGGUUCCUCUCUGAACAGUGAAAAUAUUAUCCCCGAAUGCUGCAUUAUUUAUAAAUUAAUGGUUUUUCGGGGCCACGGUUCCUCGAUAACAGGACAAUGUCGGAUAGAAAGCGUACAAGAGAGAAAGAGGACAGACGAGACCACAAGAGGCACAAGACAUCAAAACAUGAUUUGGAGAAACUCAAGACACAAUCGAAAAAACUCAACCAAGAAGUCCAAAAACUGAAACACGUCGAGACGUUCUAUGAGAAACCUCCACCAGGACUCAUAAAGGAGAAUGAGGAAAAACCAGAGGACUGUAUUCCUGCUGAACCAGGAAAUGAAGAAGCCCGGAGCUUCCUGGCACAUGCCCCCACUAAGGGGCUGUGGAUGCCUCUGGGGAAAGAAGUGAAGGUGAUGCAGUGUUGGAGAUGCAAGCGCUACGGUCACAGGACAGGAGACAGGGAGUGUCCUUUCUUCAUCAAAGGCAACCAGAAACUGGAGCAGUUCAGAGUGGCUCAUGAAGACCCAAUGUAUGACAUAAUACGGGAAAACAAAAGGAAUGAAAAAGAAACCAGGAUCCAGCAGCUGCAGCAGCUGCUCCAGGACACCACCUCCUCCUCCUCUUCCUCCUCUGACACCGACAGCUCCUCCUCUUCUUCUUCCUCCUCCUCCUCUGACCACCAUCGUAGCAAGAAGCGGAAAAAGAGGAAGGACAAAAAGAAGAAAGAUAAGAAGAAGAGAAAGAGGAAGCGAAAGCACAAGUCGUCCAAAACCAGUGCCCACUCAGAUUCAAAUUGAGUGUUUGGAACAUGCCAAUGUAUGUACUCAUAAAUUACGUGCUUUGAACGUAGGAAGAGACUGUGAAUGAAGUAGCAGCAAAGGUAGAUCUUACACAGUAGUGAAAUGUGUUCUGCAGAAUGAACCAGUAUGAACUGCACUCUGGAGAUCUCCUUAAGCCUUCUCUCUGCAGGGUGAAACUCUUAAGACUGUACAUCCACUGCGCAUGACUUCUCCCAGCCGUCUUAUUUGCUGCAGGGUGACAACUUGCGUUUACAUCCUCUCUGCUAGAUCAUACAGCACAGAGUCAUAUGGAAUAGCUGCUUAAGUUAAGUGUGCGUACGUGUGCCUUGGUGCAUAUGUGUGUCAAACAGCAUUAGCUGCGUGGGUAAUGAAUCUGAGGGGAUAUGAAUUGAGCCCAUUGGUGUAAGAGAUAAUGUUCUUUUAUGGAGUCUAAUAAGAUAGCAUGUCAGCAAAUAGUGUGUCAUUAAGAGAUUGUAUUUUCCACCAUAUUUUUUUUUUUAUCCCUGCCAUCUCGCUGGUAUUAAAUACUUUGAUUGUAGAGUGUGUUAAACGCAGAGAGGUGGAAAAAAAAAAGUCUAAAUUAAACAUUGGAGUGCAGUUAGAAUUUGUUUUCCACAGAAGCCAAAACGCUUGUGACUAUACAUAAAUAUUUGGAAUGAUUUGAGGUUGGAAAAUGCUUAUUUGCUUCUUUUUUUUUUUUUCUCAAAAAGCCGCAUAGAUGGGGAAAGAAUGUAUGUUAAUGUGUUCCCAUAUUCUGUGAAUAAAGAUGGCU